UACCUGGAGCCGCCAUGAUAGAAGUUUAAGGUAAAUCAGUUUGUACCUAUCGGAAUAACAUAUAUUCUACUUUGAAUGGAUAAAAAAUAGUGAACAUAUCCAUACAUCUUUUUAUUCAAUUAGACCAAGAUCCAUGAGUAAGUUACAUCGGGUGCCUGACCAUGCAUCCUCGUCGCAGUGCCCAGGAUGUGUUACGGUGUCGUCUCUGUGAGACCCUGGGACCCCCUAUGUACUGUGAUAUUUGUCACAUACAUCUGUGUAAAGCCUGUGUUGGGGAACAUCUCUCUGAUGAAUCCACAGAACACAAAGUGGUGCCAUUUAAAAAGCGGGGAUCUACUCCAAAUUAUCCUAAGUGUCCUAAACAUUCCACAAAACAAUGUGAACUUCACUGUGAACAAUGUGACAUUCCUAUUUGUGCACUCUGUAUUUCUGGAGAACAUUUAGGACAUAAACCAGUCGACAUUGUUAAACAUAUUGAAAGCAAAAAAGAACUUUUACAGAGAGAAAUGCAAGAGUUAGAGAAUUCCAUUUAUCCUGAAUAUCAACAGAUUGCCUCUAAUAUCCCAGUUCAGAAAGCUGCUAUGAAAAAAAACAGCCAGAAAUUGACAUCAGUAAUACACAAACAUGGAGAAGCCUUGCACAGAGAAAUAGACACCAGGAUCCACAAACUGAAAUCUGAUCUCAAUGAAAUGGACACCAAACACCUGGCCGUCCUCAACAAACAGGAAGAUGAAAUCACACGCACCAUUGAUGAAAUCAAACAGAUCAUUGCUGAACUGAAGAAGUUAGUGGACUCCAAUGAUGUCAGUCUUGUCUCUGCCUACAAAUCAAGGAAUGCUGAAUUCAGAAGACUGCCUCCUAAACUCACAGUGUCCUUACCAAGUUUUACCCCUCAGAAGAUCAACAAAGAACAGCUUUAUCAACAGUUUGGUUCUCUGUCAGCGUCAUCUAUCAAAACAGAAGAACAAGUCUACACCAUGGAUUCCCCCGGUGCUGAGUCCUCUCCCCCGGACAGACCGCUCAUUGAUGUACCACGGAUCAUCACGGAGAUAAACACCGAGUAUGGAGACUCUAAUAGAUUACGCAGUGUGUCCUGUCUGAGGGAUGAAGAACUAUGGACGUGUGGUCAGGACAACAAGAUGAGACUGUACAACCUAAAGGGAGAACUAAGGAAGUCAGUCCAAACCAAGUCAGGGAACCCUCCAGAGAACAUAGGAGUGACAAGCAGUGGAGAUCUAGUUUAUACUGAUUACAAUGAUAGAACUGUGAACAUAGUGAAGAAUACACAGAUACAGACAGUGAUCAGACUACAGGGGUGGAAACCUCGCCGUGUCUGUAGUACCUCCUCUGGUGACCUCCUGGUUGUCGUGAACAGUGAUGAUGAUAAACAAACAAAAGUUGUGCAUUACUCUGGCUCCACAGAGAAACAAAGUAUUCAGUACGACGACAAAGGACAACCUCUCUAUUCAUCUGGUGGAUUAUAUAACACUAAAUACAUCAGUGAGAACAGGAACCUAGAUAUCUGUGUGUCAGACUGGGACGCCCGUGCAGUAGUGGUGGUCAAUCAGGCCGGGAAACUCCGGUUUACCUACACUGGUCCUCCCUCUACUACCAAGGGAUCAUUUAGUCCAGUCGGCAUCACAACAGACAGCCAGGGUCGGAUCCUGACAGCAGACCGUGACAACCAUCGUAUCCACAUCCUGGAUCAGGACGGACCGUUCCUCCGCUACAUUGACAACUGUCAUUUACAGAAUCCAUAUGGUUUAUGUGUGGAUACCAGAGACAACCUCUUUGUGGCUGAACCCUACACAGGUAUUAAAGUGAAGAAAAUCCAGUAUUACAUGUAAACAAACUGUGUGUAUUACCAACAAAUAUGUAAGCUGUGGGUAUGUUUCAUUGAUAUGAACUAUAUAUAAAUACAGUAUAUAUAUUAUAUACAAACAAACCAUGUGUAUGUAUCAUAUGUCAACAAAGUGUGUGUAUAAAUAACAGAAAAUGUACAGGUAAACAACAUGGCUGUAUAAAUUACAGGUGAACUAUCUCUAUAAUCAUAUGAUAAUUUAUACUUCAUUGUAUACCGAUGGAUGUAAACAAAUGAAUAUGCUACAGUAUAUAGUAAACAGAUUGUUAAAUAUUACAUACAAAUAAAUUGUGAUUAUGAAUUAUGCUGAUUUUUUUAAUUUUUAAAAUAAUAACUCAAUGCAUAUUUAUAAUUCUUACUAUGAAAAUUUGUUUUAAUAAAUUUUCUAAGAACCUGUUA